CGCCAAGAUACGCGCGCGUCUUGUUGUUCUUUAGCUCUCAUCCUCGCAUUUGAACCCUCGAUCGCUUAUGCGGCUCCUCGUGUACGUUGCGGCGCUGAGCCACUGCGCGCUGACGUCGGUGGCACUCUCGUGCGACGCGGGCUACGGCGUUGACACGACCACGUCCAGCUGCGUCCAGUGCAUCCAAGGCCUCUACGGCGCGGGGGGCAACUCAACGUGCAAGCCGGUGCAGUGUGCGCCAGGGUUUGCGGCGUCGGCUGGCGCGGUCAACGCCACCGACUGCGCCGUGUGCCCGUCGGGGUACUUUAGCAGCGGCGGGCAGUCCAUCUGCAACCCAGCCACAUGCCCCCCAGGGUAUGGUAUGGUCGCUGGCUCCAACGACCCGACCGACUGCUUGGCGUGCGGCGCUGGCAUGUACAGCCUCGGGGCGAGCAUGGCGUGUUCGGCCAUGGCCUGCGCGCCGGGCACCGCGUCGUCCAAUGUCAAGGCCGCCGACCCGACGUCUACGUGUACAACCUGCGCCCUCGGACAGUUUUCAGCGGGCAAUGCGUCGCGAUGCGUCGAUAUGAAGUGUGCGCCCGGUACGACCGGCGUCGCCAACGCCAGUGCUAGUGAUCAGUGCGGCACGUGUCCUGCUGGUCACAUCUCCCACGGUGGCGCCUCGCUCUGCGUUGCUUGCGAGCGCGGCUACUACGCAGCCGCAGGCGACACCACGUGCAAACCGGCGACGUGCCUUCCUGGCUGGGCAGCCGACGCCAAGGCGGCGUCGGCAACAGAAUGCACGGGGUGCCCAGUUGGCACGUACUCGAUGGGCGGCGCUGGCGUGUGCACCCCGGCGGCUUGUGCGCCCGGUACGUUUGCCCCCGAGGGCGCGACGUCGCCGACGUCGCAGUGCGAGCUGUGCCCGCUUGGAACGUACGCACAAGGCGGCGACGCGCAUUGCAAGCCCACCGCGUGCCCCCAAGGAUCCGGUGCAGCUCUCGGCGCGUCGGACGCCACUGCCAACUGCUCGAUUUGUGCGCCGGGAACGUUUAGUAUUGGCUUCAACCACCCGUGCGCAGCGACGUUGUGCCCACCGGGCACCGCGUCGGCGGCCCCCGGCGCGCACCUCUCGCAAGGCAUGUGCGAAGAGUGCGUCCACGGCUUCUUUAGCGCUGGGGGUGGCACCCAGUGCGCUCCCGGGCUCUGUGCACCGGGUUACGCACUGCCUCUCGGCGCCAGUGAUGGCGUGGCGGACUGCAAGGUGUGCCCCCAAGGCACGUUUGGCCGCGGCAACAGCAGUGUAUGCCUCGAAACAACGUGUGCUCCUGGCCAAGCGGCGCCGGCCGCCGCCUUCGAUCCCGUCGCACAGUGCAGUACGUGCCCUACUGGCUGGUUUAGCGCCGGCGGGUCGGCGAAUUGUGCGCCGUGCACGUGCGCACCAGGCACGGCGGCGGCACCAGGCGCGACGACCGCCACCGACCAGUGUAUCGCCUGUGGCGUAGGUCUCUAUAGCAACGGCUCAACGAGUUCGUGCGCCGAUAUGAGCUGCAAGCCAGGAUUCGCAUCCCACUCGACGGGCGCUUCGGAUAUCGAUGCGACGUGUACGCUCUGUAGCAACGGAACCUUCAGCGUGGGCGCGUCGCACCAAUGCGCGCCAACGACGUGUGCUCCCGGAAGCUGGGCAGCUGCUGGCGCGACCGACGCCAUUGGCAAUUGUACGAUGUGUCCGGCUGGUCACUUUUGCUCUGGGGGCGCAGCGCCGGCACGACCAACAACGUGUGCCCCGGGCACAGCAUCCGCAGCGAACGCGACAGACCCCGUGCUUCAGUGCAACACGUGUCCGCAGGGCACCUACAGUGUCGGUGGCUCGACAGAGUGUCGCCCGACGCAGUGCCCGCCCGGCUCGUCGUCGCCUUCCGGGGCCUCGGACCCGGUGGCCAACUGCACAGCGUGCGCUGUCGGAAGGUAUUCCGUCGGCGGCACGAGCCCCUGCCUGGGACCGACGACGUGCGCCCCGGGGUUUGCGUCCCAAAUCGGCGCAACCUCGGUGAAUGGCUCGUGCACGAAAUGUGUCGCUGGCAAGUUCAGCGCCGGAGGCAAUGCCACGUGCGCGGUGACCGCGUGCAGCCCGGGGUACGGAUCGCCACCCGGCGCGUCGUCGGCGACCGAGCAGUGCUACGAAUGCAAACUCGGGUACUUUUCGCCUGGCGCAGGGUUCGACUGCGCGCCCAUGACCUGCUCCCGGGGCACCGGCGCGACCCAAGCGGGUGCGGCACAUACAGACUCGACCUGUGGUGUGUGCGACGCCGGCUACUUCUCACCCGGCGGGGCCACGCUCUGUGCCAAGACGGCGUGCGCGCCUGGCUACAGCUCCCCCAAGGGCGCUGACGUGGUUGACGGACAGUGCUUUCCCUGCGCUGCGGGCCUUGUUUCGGCCGGCGGCGCCGCGCAGUGCACCGCGGCCGCGUGUGAAGUGGGCGACUCGACGCCACCGGCGUCAGCAUCCAACGCCAACUGCACCUUGUGUGCCCCGGGGUACUUCUCGAAUGGCGGGUCGACCAAAUGCAUUCCAUGCUCGUGCGACGCCAAUACGCAAUGCGUCGGCGGUGCGACCUCGUCCUGCACGCCCUGUGCCCCGGGGCAAACGAGUGCCGGAGGCGCCGAUCAGUGUCGGGCGCCCAACGCAUGGCUCAACUACGUCGACGUCAAGCUCCAUCUCGGCGGGUACGCGUUGGCGUACAUGAGUACCUACCAGCUCUCGGCGCUCACUACGCGUUUGAGUGCUCACUGGAAUGCAUCUGUCGUGCUGCUGAGCCUCGCAAGCGAGUCACCGCAGACGGCAGGGCUCCAACUGCAUUUGGCCGCCAAAAGCGAUCUCAACAGCGAUCUCUACACGCUCAUUGCGACCAAUAGCACGGAUGCGCCGCUGCUCAAGAUGCUGCAAACCACGGCGGCGCUCCACAGCGUCACCAGCAUUGGCGCUGUCCAAACCACCGAGUUUGCCAACGGCGUGGUCGUCGUCCACGAACAAGAUGCGGGCAUCACCGGCGCCAGUGGCCCGGCCUUGAGCACGACAGCGAUUGCGUUCAUCAUCGCAGCCGCGGUCGCCGUUCUGGUACUUGUGGCGUUUGCGGCGCAUCGAUUCGGUCGCGCCCGCAAGGAGGAGCACGCGAGCGAGCCCCGGCGGCCGUCGCGAAAGCCGUUUAGCCUCAGCCCAACCAAAGCCAAAGCCAUGCACACCGAGUUUACGACACCUAUGUACCAAAAGCGCCCGCUUGUGUAGCCAUCGCGUCUGGUGCGACAUUCGCUGUAGGCCCCGUUGUGCUAACUUUCAAAGCCUUGCAUUGCACA